UGUGUGUGUGUGCGUGACGCUGCCAGUCGGCUGCACUGAUUUCAAACUUCAUUUUCUCGCCACCGACGCCGUGAUAUGAUCCGUCCCCGUUUCUCUCCACUGAAACACAGAGAGGCGUAGAAAUGGAACAGAAGGGCAUCAAGCAGGAGAAGCCGAAGAAGCCCGGGGAGGAGAUGAUGGAGGAAGAGUUCCUGAAGGAGCUCUACAUCUUCAUGAGGAAGAGAGAGACGCCCAUCGAGAGGAUCCCAAAUCUGGGCUUCAAACAAAUUGAUCUAUUUCUGAUGUUCAAGGUUGUCGCUGGGUUAGGUGGCUACUACCAGGUGACCGCCCAGCAGCAGUGGAAGCAGGUGUACAACACGCUCGGGGGGAACCCCCGGAGCACCAGCGCGGCCACCUGCACCCGCCGCCACUACGAGAAGUUACUUCUGCCCUACGAGUGCCACCUGACCGGCAAACAGGUGGACGUGGUGCCCCGCACCCCGCCGAAGCACCUCCACUACGCCAACUACAACAAGGAGCAGGACGACGGCCAGGGGCCCCCCAAGCGCAGGCUGCUCUCCGUGCCUCUGCUCCAGAACCCUCAAAUCCUCCAUCCGGACCUGCGUGAGCCCGUCUUCCCUCUGGCAACCUACUACGCUCACCCCUUCCACCCGAGCCACGCAGUCCUGCCCCCCCACGUGCCCAUCUCCUCCUCAGUGCUGACGCCACGCACCCCUCCUCCCGCAGCCACCUGGUUCCCUUUCCCUCCAUCUCAUCCAAACCCGACGGACCGGUCGGCGGAGCCCCUGGAGCAGUUGCGCUACCUGGCGGAGCAGUACCGGACCACAUCUGGGCUGACGGAGCCGCUGACGGAGCCGCUGAACCUCAUCGUCAAAGCGGCCCGGCAGGAGGACGGCGGCGUUCCCGCCUCCUCGUUCGCCCCGCCUUCGUCCAACACGAGCCCCAAGUUCCUGAACAAGCCGUCCCCUCUGUACACUCCUCACCGCCAGCGGGCGGCGGGAGACGACGGCCCGGCGGACGCGGUGUACGUCAUCGACCUGGAGGCCGAGGCAGAGGCCGCGUCCGGCUCCGGCAGCCCCUCGCUCGCCGCGGGGACGGACGACGGGCCGGGCGACGGGCCGGGCGACCGGCCGGGCGACGGGCGUCCAGAAGUCGUGACGCUCCCCUUUGGUCAAGCGCUGCCCAGAAUCUCUCGGGAGAACGGCGGCAAGAUGGAGAUUGAGGUGCCGCUGUCCGUCUUUCACCACUGGCUCAGGCAGUGCGGGCCCUCGGCCGCGCUGGCACAGGCGCUGCCGCUGCCACAGGCGCUGCUGCAGCAACUGCCACAGCGACUGCCGCAGCCGCCUCUCCCUCCACGGGGGGAAGGCUUCGGGCCGGGACGUCGCUCGGACGCAGAGUUCUUUCCCUGCGACCCGACGUUUCGCGGCGCCCCCCGACCCCGCAGCUCCGCCCGCGAGGACCCCCGGCCGUCCCGCGAGAACGCGGCGAGCCCCGCGCAACCCGCCGAGGCCGCCGGCCAAAACCACUUUGCCCCCUACAGGCAUUCGUUUUUGGGCAGCAUUCUGAAAAGCCCGUUCGAUCUUCACAAGUUGUCGGCCGCUAAACCCCCCGGUCCGUUGGACGCCUACGACAAAGCCGCCCGGGCUUUCGGCACCUCGGGGAACACCGACGCCGCCGCUGCCGCUGCCUCGGGAGCCGGGUCCCACGCGGGUCACUCGCCCGGGGUCGGCUCCGCCCCUGUGCUGCAGCUCACCAACGAGGAAGUGAUGAAGCUGAGGAGAAUCAUCUCCAGCUCCUCGUGAAGAACGGUUUCGGAGGAAUGAACUCAAACACCACUUUGAAAGAGCUCCUUUUUAUGUACUUUUAUAUCUUUUUUUAUAUUACCGAAGCUCUUGGUUCGGUAUUCAGCCGCAUUUAGUUGUCACUCCU